AUGCCCGCGCUGCGCUCCUCGUGUCAACACCGUGCGCAGGCGACUCUCGGGCAAAGGUGCAUCCAGGACGGACUCUUGUUCUCCCGCAGGAGCCGUCGUCCUGCUCGUCCAAACUCGUCGCUGCCUCCGGUCGACUGCCAUUGUUUAUUGUCACCACAGUUCCAGAAGAGCUUAGGAGCAAGUGCCAUGCCCUGGGGUGUCAUUACGCCCGAGCAGCAGAGGGGAGAGCCGGUGCCGGCAGCCCUGCAACGCAAGAAGUCGGAUGCACUUGUUGCUCUAGGCGUGGAAAUGCAAAGUGCUCGCAGUGCCCCCGCAGUGGAUGGGUCAACUGCUCAUCACCGUCGUCAUGGCUUUGAUGCAGACCGGGAUGCCAAGAAACUACACAAAGCCUGCAAAGGAGCAGGAACUGAUGAAAAAACAAUUAUUGAAAUCCUGACAAAUCGAACAUCGGAGCAGAGGCAACAGAUAAAACAGAAGUACAAGACUGCGUUUGGCAAGGAUCUGGAAGCGGCGCUGAAGGGAGACCUCAGCGGGAAUUUCGAGAAGACCGUCCUGGCCCUGCUGGACCUGCCCUGCGAGUACGAGGCCCGGGAGCUUCGCCGGGCCAUGGCGGGCGCCGGCACGGACGAGUCGCUGCUCAUCGAGAUCCUCUGCACGCGCAGCAACAAGCAAAUCGUAAGCAUAAAGGAGGCGUACAAAAGGCUCUUUGGCAGGGAUCUGGAGUCCGACGUGAGAAGCGACACGAGCGGCUCCCUGCAGCGGAUACUAGUCACCGUGCUGGAGGCAAACCGAGAUGAGGACCAGGAGGUCAACGUGGAGCUUGCCGGGCAGGAUGCCAGAGAGCUAUACGAAGCAGGGGAAGGCCGCUGGGGAACGGAGGAGCUGGCUUUCAACCUGGUCUUAGCCAAGAGAAGCUACCAGCAGCUGAGAGCUACUUUCGAGGCUUAUGAGAAGCUGCAUGGGAAAGACAUAGAAGAAGCCAUUAAAAGUGAAACAUCUGGAGAUCUGGAGAAGGCCUAUCUCACUCUGGUCAGCUGUGCCAAAGAUGGCCAAGGUUACUUUGCUACGCUUCUGCACGAGUCAAUGAAAGGAGCUGGGACUGAUGAAAAGACCUUGAUUCGCAUCCUUGUGACAAGGGCUGAGAGUGACCUGCCAGGAAUAAAGGAGAAGUUCCAGCAAAAGUACAACAAGUCGUUAGCUGAAGCUAUCCAAUCUGAUACCUCUGGGGACUUCAGAAAGUUGCUGCUGGCUCUUGUACACUAAAAAGCCAUCAAGAACAGAGAGGCAUGCUGAGCAGCCACCUCUUGAUUAGUUUCCAAAGUAGCAUCCAAAAAUGUGGCAUUAGCAGAAAGAAAAAAAUCCAAUUUAUUUUCUUUCCAGCUGAGAAACAUGUUGCCAAGUAAUGCUGGACGUGAGGUUUAUGUUACGGGUAUCUUGCCAAAUGUCCUUAAGCAAUAAAGAUAUUUUAAAAAACUAAA